UUGUGGUUUAUUUUAUUCCCCUUCGUCUGUUCGAUAGGAAACCUACAAGCUCCUUGCGGUUACGACAAAUUCAGCUACUCCUGGCGUUCCCGUUUCGGAACAGUGUUUCACGAUUCUCGAGGAAAACAUUAUUCCGAGUCAGGCUACAAGAAGGAUGAUGUGAUUGGAAUGCUCAUUCAUCUACCCUCGGCACCGCCUCCGUUCAAGUCCCGGGACAAUGUAAAAGCGCUGGGGGCCUCAGACGAUGCAAACAAAACUGCCGGGGAAGCAAACAAGACCGCGGAUGGCUCACAAACAGACGGUUCUUCGGAACCUAACCAAUCCCCAUCGUUUCCUUCCCGGUUGCCCGAAUCCUACAAAGAUCGUCCCCUGAUCAAAUUCCGUAACUCGUACUACUUCGAAGAGAAGGACGAACCGACCAAGGCGGAGAAACUUCUGCGUCCUCUGCCCGGGAGUAAGAUUUCAUCUUUGUAUGGCAUCUACGCCGUGUACCGUCGUGAACAUACCCUAAUGAAAGAUGUGGGACCAAAACUAACGCAAACCGGUGAGGGACGUACCUAA